AUGGCAACACGUUUCAUAAUACCCAUAGUCGACCAAUUUCUCAGUCAAGUAAUGAGCUUGGCCUACAUUACUAAUGCGAAAAAGAUUGUGAAGGAGAAGUUUACCCCAAGGCAGUUAGAGAUGUUCAAGAGAACAGUUUUUGGGCGAUUUGUAGACGUUGACAUGGUGUUUAACAGUCCAAUUAUCCAUCAUAUGUUGUUGAGAGAAGUGAAGAGGACAAGAUCUGACUCAAUCUCAUUCUCUGUUUGUGGAAAGUAUCUUGGUAAUCGAGUGACGAAGGACACCUUACAUGUUCGUCUACUAGAAGAAAAAUACAAGGAGUUGGAGUUUGAAAAUGACGAAGUUGCUAUGAAGAUCACAUUAGUCUACCAUACUGAGGUUGCAAUGAUGGGAAAGAACAAACAGAAAAGUGCAGUGGACCUUAAACGUUUUAAGGACGUUCAAAAUAUAAAGUACUACAACAGUCUAGAUUGGGGUACCAUUAUUUGGGAGAGGACACUCGAUGCUCUAAAGACUGCAUUGAAUGAUAAGAGUAGUCUAUACAAGACGAAGGUGAAAGGAAAUAAAAAUUUACAGUAA